UAGUAAUUGGACAACUUGACAACGACAACGACAACGAUUAAUUUAUUAUAAAUCGUUAAUUUUUCUAAUGCCUAUCAUUUAAGUUAUUAGCAAAGAGCUUUUGAACUCUAAUAAGCAUGGACAUAAUGUAUUUGCAGUUGAUUUUUCUCAAUAAAUAAAUAAAUAAUAGGGUGAUAAUGAUGAAGUAUAUCAUCCACAGAAGAUAAAGUAUGUGUGGCAUCCGAAUUUUUCUAGAUUAAUCUCGAAUCAGCUCUGUAUACGUUUAGUUUGUCUACCAUUUUCCAUGACGCGCCGCAAAUAUCUCACAUCGGCACGCUGCGCUCAUCUAUUUUGGUCACGCGUAGUAAAGAAGUUCACAUUCACAUCAACAUCAAGCAGUAUCUAAUAAUAUUCGAAUCAGAGAAGACGUUUGCUAAAUUUUUCAAAAUACAUUUGUCGUAGCAACAAAAUACAAUUGUGGAAGUAACAAUGUCUUUAACUAUUGCUGGGGAAACAAAAAUCGACUCAGAACCAUGUGUUGUGGCUUGGAACGAUAAACUAUUCGUCGGUACAGACGCCGGCUCGAUUUUAACUUUCGAUUCAAAUCUUUCGCCGGGCGCUUCGUGGACCGCGCAUGCUGUACAAUUGUUUGCUUUGACUGCGAGCGAUGGAAAACUAUAUUCAGCCUCCAAUGAUGGCGGAAUAAGAAUAUGGACAUAUGACGGACAAAAAAUAUCCGAGCUGCCAAUUCCUGAUGCCGAUGUAGAAUCCAUAUGCACCCAUGGAAAUUAUGUGUAUGCUGGUGACGAAUUGGGAAACAUUUAUGUAUUUGAAAACAAUAGUUUGAUAGCUAAUUACAAUGUUCUAGAGGAAGUAAAGGAUUUAGCAAUAUGUCCACCACUUAUGUUUACGGUGCGGGAUCUAUACGUAACUGUUACAGAAAUCAAACCUGAAAAAUCAAAAGAUCGGUUUGCAACCGUCCAUGUUAUGGAGGGAAGGGCUCCCUUACAAGUCUCUGGGUCGCAUCUAGUAGUCACGUCUAGAGGCGGCAAUAGUAUUCAACUGCACGAAAUGGAUUUGGGCAGCAAAUUUAAAAAACUGGACGAAGUCAAGGUUAGUGAGAUGAUAUUAACGAGUAUGUCCGUGAGGGAAGAUUUCGUCUGGACCGGAGGCUGGGAUGGCUGCGCAAAGAGGUGGAGAAUUGACGGAGAGAAGUUACUACCAGCUGGAGAAAUAAACCUAGGAGUUUGUAUUAAUGCUGUCAUAGCUGUUAACGGAGAUAAUGCUUAUGCACUUUUAUCAGGCGGCAGAAUUAUUUAUAUAAAGGCAGCAUAAAUAUUAAUUUUAAAAAUAUUUAUUUUAUGCUGUUCUUUUUUUAUCUUUCAAUUUCAUUCAAAGUGCGGACAGAUUUCCACUCUCUAUAGUUAGAUAGAUAAAAACCUUGGGGGAUGUUAUUUUAAAAAUUCUUGGAAUACAUUAAAAAGUAGGUAUUUAAAUUUAACCACCAAUUAUAUUAUUUCAUAUAGGUAGCUAGGUACUUGAAAAAUGUCCAAUUUUGCAACAUAAGUACUUGGUUCAAUGGUUUAGCUGUAAAUGUGAAAAGGUAACAGACAAGCAGACACAUUGCAUUUAUAACAUUAAUAUGGAUAUUUUAUAAACAUAAUGGUACUUAUAAAGGGUGCUCCCAUAUGGUCAACAAUGUGGAGAGUAAGGUUGCCCAAGUAUAUCACUACAGGCACUUACAAGCAUACUUACAGGGUAAAUUUUACUGCAGCAUUUUGUUAAGAGAUAAUUUUACAAUAUGAAUUGUUGAUAACAUAGACUUUAUGACACCCUAAUACAAAUCUAAUUUUACUUCACCUAGUUCAUAGUAACCUUGUGAUUGAUGUAAAUGUCCAUUGUAUAAGGUCUCCUCUAUACUCCUCCAUAGUGUAGCAACUAAUUGUAACACUUAUAUUAUUAUCUAAAGUUUAUUAUAGUCUUGAUAUAUUAUUAAAACUAAUAAGAAGGAUCUUAACAGAAAAUGUAAUAAAGCAGAGGAAUAAUAGGUA